AUGAAGCAGAAGCGCAGACCAGCACGCAUGUUACUUGCUGACGAUGUAUCCAAAAGUCCAAAAAAGAAGGAAAAUGAGAGUCCAUUUGCGGGAAUGAACAGGAUAGACCCGGGUCCUCGACUGCGCGCGAUUCAGGACAAGGCAAUAACAAGAGCAGCCAAGGUAGAAGAAGAGCAGAAAAGGCCAGCCAAAUACGUGGUGAAGAACAAAGAUGACCGACCACUAUUUCAUGCCCUCAAAAUGCAAACUGCUCUCGCUCCUCUAUCAUACUCGGCCCGGACCUCGCUCCAAGAAAAGCUGGACAAGAUCGAGACGUUUGAGCAGUUAAACCUACGAGCAGACGUUAUUGAUGCUGUGAGGAAUCAGGCGCUAGGCUACCUUGAAUACAUUGACCCAACUCCGGCUCAGAAGUUGGCCAUUCCAGCUCUGUUGAGUAGAAAGGGUGAGAUGCAAAAGAGCAAGAAGACAGGAGAAAACAAUUACGAUAAAUUCCUUUUAGCUGCCGAGACUGGCUCGGGCAAGACUCUAGCUUAUCUGCUACCUAUCAUUCACCAUAUCAAGAACCAUGAAGAUCUCGAGAAAGCAGAAGCGAUUGUCCAGGCUGAGCAGAAGGCAAAGGCGCAGGAACGAAGAAAACACGAUGAGCACGUAUUUGAGGUUGAGCCGCCCAAAUUGGCUGACCAGCAAGAUCCCGAGUCUACCACCGGACGUCCGAGGGCUCUCAUACUUCUGCCUUCUUCGGAACUUGUCGAUCAGAUAAGCAAGGUCGCGAAGAUUAUGGCACAUACAGUCAAAUACCGAACCGCUGGCAUCUCAUCCUCAAAUACACCUACUGUGAUCAGAAGCAGGCUUUUCAACCCCAAAGGUGUUGAUAUCAUUGUCUCAACUCCCCAUUUGAUCUCGAGCAUAGCGGAGAAAGAGUCCCAUAUUCUUAGCAAGGUCAACUAUAUUGUUGCCGAUGAAGCUGACUCCUUGUUCGAUCGUUCCUUUAGAGACACCACGUUGGGCAUUAUCGACCGAGCCGCGCCUUCGCUUAAACAACUCAUCCUAUGUUCCGCCACAAUACCGGUGAAUUUGGAUAAGUUCAUCGACAACCGUUUCCCGAUGAUGAAGAGACUGGUCACCCCGAAGCUGCAUUCCGUCCCGCGACGAGUACAAUUGGGUAUGGUCGAUAUUGACAAACAGCCCUACCAAGGAAAUCGAACUCUUGCAUGUGCCGAUGUGAUUUGGCAGUUGGGCAAGGCUGAGCACGAUGACACCGGCUCUCACCACACUGUCAAGCACAUAAUAUGCUUUGUGAACGAACGAGAGAAGGCGGAAGAGCUUGCCACCUUUUUGAUCUCAAAAGGUGUCGAUGCAACCGCUCUGACCCGAGACACUACCGAAGCACGGAGAGGCAGUAUCUUGGAAAGCUUUACGUCUCCCUCCAGAGUGGAAGGCGAGAUAAAGAACAAGCCUAAAGACUUCCUUCCAUUCGAACUCCCAACACAGCAAUCCACUUCCCCCAAGCAACUCAACAAUACAAAAGUUCUUGUGACAACAGAUUUGGGUUCACGUGGUAUUGAUACACUGGCUAUAAAAAUGGCUUCGAUAUUCACCUACCAGGAAGAGCCGCAUCGAGUUCAUUCUCCAUGGAGCACGCCUGGAAGUAACACUCCACAGCUAGCUGUGCAUGUACAAUAUCAAGAUGCCAACAAUGGCGUGAAGGUCGAGCACCCAGCAUCAAUUACGAAACUUGAGCCUGAGAAACAUGAUGGGCCUAUCGAAUACAAAUUGCAUCUCCUGCUGCGGUGGCGAAGAACGUUUACACAUACUUCAACGACUAUGCCUGCAUGGGCCAACCAACAAGGACGUAUUGAGUCAACUUGCACGACCUCGCCUCCAGCUACUGACGCUGUCCCCUCACGUACUACAUACCAGCCUUCGACUCAAAAUCGUCAAGCGCGAUUGCAACAACUUACCACACAAUUACUGUGGCGUUUACAGCAAUCAUCUCCAUUCCAUUCAUCAUCCAAUGCGCAACUUGUUCUCCCAGUCCUGCCUGAAGCUACACCGAGACUCGGCGUACCUGAAAGGCCAUCCAAGCUCCUUCCUGGUCUCGAGGAAAGUCAGGGGGCCUUGUAUGAGAUUGGUGUAGCUGACGAUGGAACUCUCAUAGGUCUGGCGGACGAAGAAAUGGAAGAGAGCUUGGUUAACCUGCGUGCGAUGGCAGCAAGUCUGGGCUGUGUAGUUGAUGUCCAUCGACGAGUGAUAGUCGGUGACUGCGAAUGGACGGAGGAAGAAGAUGGCCAGUCAGUCAAUCGAUCAAGCAGACUUUGGGUGGCCGAGGUUCUAGUGAGACCAGACAACAAAACUGUGGAAGUAAUACCAUCCGAAGGGUCAACCUUACGGACGCUGAAUCUAGAACCUGAGGCAGACUCACGUGCCUCAGCCGACGACAUGGAAAAGCAACAUCUCAGAAUUGCUAUAGUCGGCGCGAGUGCUGCUGGAAAAUCGUCCUUGCUUGGUACACUUACAACGUCCGUGCUUGACAAUGGUAGAGGCAAAAGUCGUCUCUCUCUGCUCAAGCAUCGACACGAGAUAGCUUCAGGAAUCACAAGCUCUGUAGCUCAGGAGUUACUCGGUUACCAGUCUAGCUAUUCAUUGACUUCCCCUGUUGUCAAUUACGCUUCUGGAGACGUGUCCUCGUGGCCUGAUAUACACAACCUGGCUGAUCGAUUGGUCUUUCUAUCAGACUCUCCAGGUCUACCUCGAUACUCGAAGUCGACGUUUCGUGCCUUGCUUUCGUGGAAGCCCUCCUGGACCGUGCUCUGCAUGCCUGCGGACGAGACUCUAGAGCAACCCCCACUAGAAGUGAGCGACUAUGCAACCAGGUCUGUAGGGACUACAACUCCGGAUGUUGCAACAUCGAAUCUGGCUAUGGCUCACCUUGAUCUUUGCCUCAGACUCGGCUUGCCCAUUAUUGUCGCCAUUACGAAGAUGGAUCUCGCGACUAAAUCUGGCCUCCGGUCAGUGUUAAGUCAGAUCCUCUCUUCCGUCAAAGCUGCUGGAAGGUCACCUGUCCUUGUGAACGCGCCAUCUGCUUCAAAUAUACGUAGAGAAGAGGUAGACUUUUCGGCUGUUGUUCAAGAAGAUAUCUUGAACGAAGCGAUUCAGGUGGAGCAGAAGCUCAACCCCUUCACCGAAAGUCGUCACGAGACAUUUAUCCCACUCGUCAUGACCAGUGCGCUUACAGGAUCAGGUGUGGCUAGCCUGCAUGCAUUGCUUCGAGUGCUGCCGCCCAACCCUGUAAACAAAAGUCUUUCGGAACAGGCAAGAAACACCAAUCAAGUCAUCUUUCGCACAGAUGAAGUUUUUGCAAUCCCACCUUCGAGAGUAUACUCGACUACAGCCGAGCGCGAGGUCGGCGAUAGUGGGGUGGUACUAUGUGGUGUUCUGAGUUCGGGAAAAAUCUGUUUGGGUGAUCGUUUAAUGCUUGGGCCUUUCUUGGUCGAGGCGGAUAGCGGAGAUACGAAGACGAUGACGAGAACAGCAUCCUACCAUGCUAAGUCCCUGUCACGAUCGCUUCCUCGUUCAUUGUCCGAGAACUUUGCCAGAUCGAUGGAACUGAAUGGCCAAUCGAAACUCCUCCAGGAGGCCGACACAAAGGUCGUGUACGUAGAGGUGGUCGUAGUAUCACUCCGGAAUCUUCGACUGCCCGUCACCUCAUUGCUGCUAGAUGAUACAGGCACUGUUGGAAUUCAAGCUGUCGAGAAUGCAAUCUCAAGAUCGGUGCUCCUUCACAAAGCAAGGAAAGGCAUGGUACUGGCGAGUCCCUCAGAUACUCUGCUGGGCUACUCUUCUUUUACAGCUUCGUUUCCAUCUUCUGACUUUGCUGGAUCUGGAUCACCUCCACUAAUUCUAGGUGGUCAUGCUAUUGCCUACAUAAACAGCACACGAGCAGUCGUCAAGGUCGUUGCGGUGGCACUUGAAGACGACCAAAAUGGUCAUGGCGGUCUCUACCCUGCCCAAGACUUCCGUCAGGACGACGUCUUCUGCUUCGAUGACGAGGAGACUAACCACAAUGAAGGUGCAGGCUCAGCAACUGGUCAUCUACGAAUUUCUUUCAAUUUUGUCAAUACAGUCGAGUUCCUGACCUUGAACGAUCAGGUCUUAGUCAUUCCAAACGUGACGCCUGCAGGUCCAGUGGCAGGCCCGGCUCCUGUAUCGACAAUACCUGGGAUUUCUGGCUUUGUAGGCAGGAUAUGCGAAAUGCGAGAGUAG